UGGCGGGCGGGGUUGCUCGCGCGCGGGCGCGCUGGCGGCAGGCUGACCGGCGGCGGCGCUGCGGGAGGCACGCCACCGCGGUAGAGCAGUUGAUGCAGGCCGGCGGGGCCGAAAGCAUUCCUGUCGAGCGCUGCCGGAAUAUCGGCAUCGUAGCCCAUGUCGACGCGGGGAAGACGACGCUGACCGAGCGCAUCCUGUUCUGCACGGGUCGGGAAAGCUUUUGCGGAAACGUGCGCGAGGGCUCGACGGUCAUGGACUGGAUGGAACAGGAGCGAGACCGGGGCAUCACCAUCACCAGUGCCGCCACCACCUUUCUAUGGAACGCGCACCGGAUAAACUUGGUCGACACGCCUGGCCACGUCGAUUUCACCAUGGAGGUGGAGCGAUCCUUACGGGUCCUGGACGGCGCCGUGGUGGUGCUCGACGGAGUGGCUGGGGUGGAGCCGCAGACAGAGACGGUGUGGCGACAGGCCGACAAGCACCGGGUGCCGCGGCUCUGCUUCGUGAACAAGAUGGACCGGGAGCACGCCGACUUCGACCGGUCGGUGCGGGCGCUCGAGGACCGGCUGGGCGCCAGGGCGCUGCCGGUGCAGCUGCCGAUCGUGGGCCCCGCGGGGUUCGGGGGCGUCGUGGACCUCGUGGGCAUGAGGGCCGUGAGGUGGGUCGGGCACGGCACCUCGUCCGCGGCCUCCGUAUCGGACAGGGUGCCGGACGAGCUGCGGGGGCGCGCCGCGGAGCUGCGCGCGGCGCUGGUGGAGGCAACGGCCGACAGGGACGCCGGCGCGCUGGAGGCGUUCGUGGAGGGCCGCGAGGUGGGGCCCGAGCUGCUGCGGUCUUGCCUGCGAGACGGCGCCCUGUCCGGUGCGUUCGUUCCCGUGCUGUGCGGCUCGGCACAGCGGCACGAAGGGGUGCAGCUGCUCCUGGAUGCGGUGGUCGAUUUCCUGCCGUCCCCGCUGGACCGGCCGCCCGUCACGGGCAGAAACCCGAAGAGACCAGAGGAGACCGUGCUGCGACGCGCUGGACCCGACGAGCCGACGGCCUGCCUGGCGUUCAAGACAGCCCUGCUGCCGGGGGGCGGCGUGCUCACCUUCCUCCGAGUAUACUCGGGCAGGCUGCGAGCCGGCACAGUGCUGGGGAACCCGAGGAACCGCAAGAAGGAGCAGGUCGAGAACGUGUUCCUGGUGCACGCGGACAUGCACGAGGAGAUCGGGCAGGCCCGUGCUGGCGACGUCGUGGCAGUCGCUGGCCUGCAGCACACAGCGAACGGCGACACGCUCUGCGACAUGAGGAGCCCGAUUGUUCUCGGAGGGCUCGACCUGCCAGAGCCCGUGAUCACCGCCGCGUGCGAGCCCGAGACGCAGGCGGACGCCGAGCGCAUGCCGCGCUGCCUGGAGCACCUGGCUCGAGAGGACCCGUCGUUCCAGUGGAGGUUCGACGAGGAGGCCAACCAGACCAUCAUCCGCGGCAUGGGCGUCCUGCACCUGGAGGUGAUGGUCUCCAGGCUGCGGGCAGAGUUCGCCCUGCGCGUCGCCAUGUCGCCGCCGCGGGUCGCCUACCGCGUCACGCUCUCGAAGCCGGGCGCCGCGGCGGUGCCCGUCGGCGGCCUCGCCUCGCGGGCGGCGCGCCUCCGCUUCUCCCUGGCGCCCUGCCCCGGCGGCGGCGUGCAGCUGCUCAACGCCGCCCCGCGCGAGGCCCUGACGCCCGAGCUCGGCGACGCCGCGCUGGCCGGGGCGCGCGCGGCGAUGCGCGCCGGCGCCGCGCUGGGCUUCCCCGCGAGCGACGUGCUCGUGAGGCUGGAGGGCGCGGAGGGCUGCGCGGGGCUGCCCGAUGGCGACGGUAUGGCCCGCGCCGAGGCCGCCUUCGAGGCCGCGGGGCACGCGGCCUGGUGCGCGGGCGCCGCGGCGUGCGGGCCGGUGCGGCUGGAGCCCAUCAUGGCGCUGGAGGUGGUCGUGCCGGAGGGGCACGUUGGCCGCGUCAGCGCGGACAUCGCCUCGCGGCAAGGGCAGGUGCGCGAUUUCGACUUUCAGGGGUCCUCGGGGCCGCUGCACGUGGUCCACGCCGAGGUGCCGCUGGAGAAGAUGCUGGGGUAUGUGUCGGAGCUGCGCCACAUCACGCAGGGGCGGGCAACCUUCACGAUGGAGCUGGCCCGGUACCAGCCAAUCAACCAGCUAACCCAGGGCUGAGCGAGAUCUGAAGGUCGUCGCGAUCAGCUGACAAUCGUAAAAAGUAGCAGUCUCUGCAAUAUGAGGGGGGGAAGAUCUCCAGAGGGAGAGGCGCGAUCAUCAGUGCAGCCAUCUCCUUAACAUCGACGAUUUCAGUAUUAGCACAGCAUCCUCUUUCCUUCCCCUUCCC